AUCACAGACUGGAAAACAGUCAUAUGGCUUCUAGAAAUAAACACAUUCAGCUCCUCUUCCACGAUUUAUUUUUUUAAUGGCAAACUGAAACUGCCAUUUUAAGUCUUUUUAAUACUUGCAGCCACGGUAUUUUUAACUUUUUAGUAAUUUUUAGUAUUACUUUUUCACAUCACGGCAUCAGACAACUCUUAAAUUGCAUAUAAUCCUGGACUGUCAGUAGUGUUUGGGAUUGCCAUCCACACACAGAGACACACUUAAUUCACUACUGUUUUGCUUCAGGAUUUUAUGAAACAAUGGUAGUCUUGCAACUUCGAUUUUUAUUAGUUUCUUUCCUAACAAGCACCAUGGGAGCAGCACAAUAUAUGAUGCAAGAUGCAGCAUUGAUGAAUUACAUUGACCGGCGUUUCCUGUCUUUAGAGAAGAGGCUGGAAAAAUGCAACCAAGACAUACUGGAUUAUGUGGAAGAAUUCCGAGACUUUUCAAAGAUGGUACUGUCACGCCUGGCACAACUAAACAGUUAUAAGGCUGAGGUUAAAAGUGAAGUAGAGAAUUUACUAACAAGAAUUGAACGAGCACAGAGGGACAUUGACUACUUUGGAUCUGUCACAGUUUCUAAUACAUGUAUAGAAGUACAUGAAGACCUGGUGAAACAGCAGCUAUUUGAAGAAGCAGAAACAAAAAAGAAACUUAAGCUCAUGCUUAAUGCAAGUUGUGACCACAUGCUUGCAGGUAUUAAGUCCCUAAAGAUAUUUAAGAAGACUGGAGAUAAGCAUGGCUCUUGGAUGAAAGAUCCUGGCAAAAAGCAUGCAAAGAUCUAUUUAUUAAAUGGUUCUGUAAAUAAUGUUCUUUUUGAAUUUGCAAAUAUCAUGACAUUCAUGGAAAGCAAUCAUAUGCUAAAAGCUCGCAAAGUCACUCUGCCAUUUCCCUGGCAAGGAACUGGCCAUGUCAUAUAUCAGGGUUUCCUGUUCUAUCACAGAUACGGCUCCUUAAAUGAAAUAAUUAAAUUCAAUAUCCAGAAAAGAAACAUAACUGACCAAAUGCUAUUGCCAGGGGCUGGAAGAAUUCCUGCUUAUCAGCUUACUCCACCUACAAAAAUAGAUCUUGCCAUUGAUGAGCAAGGGCUCUGGGCAAUACAUGCAGAACCAGAGACUGAAGGAAACAUUGUAAUCACUAAAAUCAACCACAUAACCAUGGCAGUAGAGCACACCUGGGACACAUCAUGCAAUAGCAAAGAUGCUGAAGCAGCUUUCAUGACAUGCAACACACUCUAUGUUGUCUACAACUUUCCAAGUGGAGGCACCUCUCGCAUACAAUGUGUUUAUGAUGUUUUGGAUGCUGUAAAUACUUAUGAAACCCAAGUAUUGCAUUUUCCAAAGCGUCAGGGUAGCCAUUCCACUAUACAUUACAAUCCUAAAGAAAAACAGCUCUUUGCUUGGGGUGAUGGAUCCCAGAUCAUUUAUAAGCUGCACACAAAGCAAAAACUUUAGAAUCUUUAGCAACAUUUUUUAGAAUCUUUAUCAACUUUUCAAGUACACUUAAAAGCUAUCAGCCCCAUGUCGAGGUGAUCAUUAAAGUGUAUUAAAAUUACAUUAUUCCCAUUUGUUACAACCUUCAUCUAUUUUGCAUUCAUUUAGGCUUUCAUAACCAGUGAUCUUAAACUAACGUCCAAUUAAUAAUAUGUAAGGACUCCAUUAACACGAAUUACAUGAUGAUCCAACACCACAUAGGUACUCACACUGCCAAAUCAGUCUUAAAGACUAAAGCUAAUUAGAAAAAAACAAACAAACAAAAACAAACAAACAAAAAAAAACCACAGAAAAAAACCCCAACCCCAAACCAUACAAAACAAAACACAAAAAAACAAUCCAUCUCUGCCACGUUCUUUUCCUGUCAGAACUACAUAUUCCACUUCAGCACCACAGAAAUCAAAUCAGAAGUCCUUCCUCUCAAUACAAAUUACUUGACAGCUUUCGCUACCCUGAAGCUCACUGUAGGAAGCCUUGUAAGCACUAUAAAAUCACACACUUCCAGGGAAAUGAUCUAUAAAGAUAAUUUAGAAGGAGAGAUUUAUUUUAUUACAAAGUAUCCUCUGAAAUAAGGUUUAUUUCUAACAUAUGGUUGUUGCCCAUUAUAUCAAGGCUAUUCAUUAUCAUUGAACAUCUAGAAUAUUUCCAUGACAUUUCCACACUUCGGUUAUCCAUAUAGCUGUACAGUCCAAUUUUGAUCCUGAUAAUACAUUAGCUGCAGUUACAUAUUCACUUCUGACAGCUUUAGUUUGCCACCUUUCUUUUUUUCCAGUGUAUUACUGCCUAUGUGUCAGAAGGAAUGCUCCUAGGUGAUACCUUCUGCAUCAGACACUAUUUUAAAAUGGUUUACAUAUCACUCAUUCAGCAUCUAGCUGUGAGGCAUUUUCUCAAUACUUCAAAGUGUUUCCACUGUCCAUAGCAGAAUUGUCAUCAUAUGACUCCAGCGAAAUACCUAUACAGAAAAGGUGGCCCUGAUGAGCAAAGUAGUGCAUGUGAAGGCAUGUCACUGAUCAUUCCUGGAUUUUUAAGUAACAGAGGUACUCUGGGCAAAUGCAAACACAUUUUUGUUUUAAAAAUAAAAUUAAAACCAAACAAACAAGCAAAUCAAACAAACAAAAGAACCCACAACCAAACCCUAGGCCUUUACUUGUGAAAUGCAGGUUUUUGGAUUUUAAUGACAGCUGCAUCUUUGUUUAGUAACAAGAACAAAAAAUGGUGCUUGAAAGGCAAUCCACAGCUGUUUGCACAGAAAGCCCAUUUUGUUCUUUACACUGAAAGAGCUGUUGCUCUGUUCAAAAGUAACUUCAACAGAACAGCCAAACAUCCGGGAAUGAUUCUGAAAUGUAAUUCCAGCUAAGAGUGCAUGGACUGCUGAGUUGCAACACUGCUACUCUGCUUUUAGCAAAUAAACUAAUCAUUCUAAGCAGCCUUAAUGACUAUAGCACUAUUUCUGUGUUGCAGAAGCCAUAGGAAGCACAGUUAAAGAAAAGAUACCCUCAGGCUGAAAGUAAUGGGUGUUGGAACUGUGCCACUAUGGGUCAAUGACAGAUUCAACUAUCUGGCCUCCUCUUCCUCACCUGUAAAAUUACAAACACAGAAAUACAAAACAGUAUUAGCUACCUUAGGAAUGCUUCAAGAUCUUUUAUUGCAAAAGGAUGUGCAAUUUUUUUAACUAAUGAAUAAAGGCUUUUGAUGUAAAUACA